UGUGAACAGUGCAUGGUCGGGGUGGACGCGUUGUGACGUCAGGGGCCGUGCUGACCAAUGGCAGCGCGUGUUCGCCGAGCCUAUGACAGUACAGUAAAUACCGUGAGCUCCGCAGCGAUCACAGCGGAGGAGGAAAAAAACACGAUGAGCUAUAAAACCGAUCGUCGGUGCUGAGGAAUCGUUUUGUCGGUGACUGUCCCGCUGAGGCUCACGCUGUCCGGAGCUCUGUGCUGUGGUCGAGGGGAAUCUGUGUCAGAGGCGAGGGACACGCGGAGGGCACUCGGCCUCACUGCAGUGUGAUUCACCGGAGACUCGCCCCACCACCACCACCGCUUCAUCAUCGUCGCCGUUGGCCCGUUGGACGGUCGCAUCCUCUCGGCCCGUGUGUGGCCCCUCUGCCGAGGCUCCUGUGCGCGCUGCUCGGCGGAGCAUGUUAAAUAAUGAGUCAAAGGGACACACUGGUUCAUUUGUUCGCUGGAGGAUGUGGAGGUACUGUGGGUGCUAUUUUGACUUGUCCUCUGGAAGUGGUGAAAACCAGACUACAGUCCUCCUCCGUCACCCUCUACAUCUCUGAAGUGCAGCUCAGCACCGUCAAUGGAGCCAGUGUGGCCCGUGUCGCUCCCCCAGGGCCUCUGCACUGUCUCAAGUUAAUCCUAGAGAGAGAAGGGCCCCGUUCACUCUUCAGAGGACUGGGACCCAACCUUGUAGGUGUGGCACCUUCCAGGGCGAUCUACUUUGCGGCCUAUUCAACAGCCAAGGAGAAGCUGAAUGGGGUGCUGGAGCCAGACUCUACCCAGGUGCACAUGGUGUCCGCUGGGUUGGCAGGGUUCACCGCCAUCACAGCCACCAACCCCAUCUGGCUGAUAAAGACGCGUCUGCAGCUGGAUGCCAGAAACCGGGGUGAGCGGCAAAUGAACGCGUUUGAGUGCGUGCGGCGGGUGUACCAGAUGGACGGCCUGCGAGGCUUUUACAGGGGCAUGUCGGCCUCAUACGCCGGCAUCUCAGAGACCGUUAUCCAUUUUGUCAUCUAUGAGAGCAUCAAACGUAAACUGCUGGAGUACAAGGCCCACGCCAGCAUGGACGAAGAGGAAGAGUCGGUCAAAGAUGCCUCAGACUUUGUGGGCAUGAUGCUCGCAGCAGCCACUUCCAAGACCUGUGCCACCUCCAUAGCCUACCCUCAUGAAGUGAUACGAACACGGCUACGAGAAGAGGGCAGCAAGUAUCGCUCCUUCUUCCGAACUCUGCUCACGGUACCAAGGGAGGAGGGAUACCGGGCUCUGUACCGUGGCCUGACCACCCACCUCGUCAGACAAAUCCCCAACACUGCCAUCAUGAUGUGCACCUAUGAGGUGGUGCUUUACCUGUUGGGCCGUUAGCCAGCAGGCACGUGUCCUUCCUGUUUAAAGAGGGAGACGGUUUGCAAAUGACUCAGAAGGAUGCUCUUUGGCAUGUGGGCAGGAAAUGUCAAAAAUGAAGACCAAAGGAAAACCGAAGAUACUCUAGUGGACAAGGAGAGGACACGUGAAAUCAUAUGAAGACCAAGGGUGGGAAAAACAAAAGUUAUCAUAUCAGCCAUAACCACCCCCAGUUCCCUUCAUCAGACUGCUGGAACAGAUAGAGGGCGCUAUAGGUUACAGAAGAGGUAAUAAGGGUGAGGACAAGAGAAUAAAGGACACAGACAAAAACAAAAGGUACCUCUGAAGGAGAAGAAUUAACGCACAUUUCAGUGGCCUUAACAGAAAAGUGUUUUAGCUCGCUUCCUUUAAGCGAAGGAUCAAAAUCAGUUCCUCACCUUCGUAGAGAUCUGAACUUGACAGGAAAGAUAGUUACUAAAUAUUCUGUAGGUCAGUUUCAAGAAUCUCUCCGGGUGCAGACAAAUAGUGUCGGCCCUUCAUUCAGUGCUGUAAGACUACUGUAUGAUGAGCUAGCUGGCAGUUGAGGAAUGUUAAUUUAAGGUCGAAUGUGAGAAACAAAGACGUCACUGUUUUCAAGUCACCGAAACACGCUCAACUUUGCACAACAGAAAGUGUGGCUUCAAGCAUUCCCCUCACAAUCCGCCACUGCCCCCUCCCCUCCCCUCCCUUCACGCCUUGCGAAUGUCCUCAGACUCUUGCUAGUGUUUAUGAAGAGAAGCUUGAAAAGCUGACUUUCAUUCAGUGUUUGAUUCCUCUGUAGCUCGGCCUGACUGCGACACGGCUCAGCUGAAGUUGGCCUGUGGCGUAGACGGUUUGUUAAAAGCUGAACAGAGAUCAAAUAUGAGACCGGCUUCGUCCUGCGCACAAUCACCGUGCAGGGCUUAAAAAAUUCUUGUGUGAAACUACAGGGCGUUGUGUCCUUUGUGAGGUUUGUGUAAGUGUCCAAAAGGCACUCAUACUAAGUAACUACAUUUAGAGUGUGGCUAACUUGAAUUUAAUGUGACGCGUCGGGGAAACGUUGGGAGUGGGAGAAUAUUUAUGGAGUUUCAUCUGUGAGUUUAACACUUUCACGCUCAAGACUGUGUGUGUGUGUGUGUGUGUGUAUAUGUGUUUGUGCAACUGCAGUCAUGUGUGUGUGUGCCUGCAUGUAUAAUAAAUAUCUACUCCAGAUUUCCCUCCUCUAAUUAUAAAUCUCAAGACUCUGAGUGUGGAGAAGCUCCCAUGCGACACCGGGAGCCUUCGCUCCCACUCGCCAGUCCUUACUUCCAGUGGCUUCCAUCUGACCUGAUAACAUGCACUUUUGUGGCCUUUUAGGGGCUUGUGCUUUGCAUUUUAUUGUGUGGACAGUUUUAACUUGUACAUUGUAAAAGAAGGAAAAAAAGUAUUACUGUAUAUCAAAAUGGUAUUUUGCGCAACUGUUCUUAUAGCAGAUAUAUUUUACAGUUUAGAGUUGUCAGUAGUUGUGAAGAAUGUCCAAAUGUGUUUAUAUAAUAUAGAUACUGUAUAUUCAUAUUAUAUAUUGUUUUUUAGGUCCAUGUGUGAUCAUGCUCUAGUUUGCAUUUGCAAAUGAUUUUCAUUUUUGUGCAAUUUAACCUCGUUUUGACAUCGACUGUUGACAUGAAUAUAAAAAUUGCAAAACUUUUUUUAAGUUAAUUUUUUUGUUUGUUUGUUUUUCUGCACUUGUAUGUUGCUGUGAGCUGCCAUUCAUUGAUUAGUUAUUUUACAGCGUUCAUUAACAGUGUUCCAUUUCGCAACGUUUGGAUAUUCAGGUAACGUGUUUACAUAGUUGUAUAGUGUCUGACUAGAGUAUUUUUGGUUCACAUGCAACAUGUUUGGAAAACCUAAUUGGGAGUGUUUUAAUGUGAGAGUUCAAGAACUGGAAUGUGUGCAAAGUCUCUCAGCAUAGAGUUAGGAUUGUUCAAGACUGAAUCCGAGAGAUCCAGAAAUUCUCUGUUACUAAAGAGGCUUGUGUACAAUUCACUGUCUCUAAAACAUCUGUUAAUAAUAUUUCUUACAAAUUGUAUCCAAUCAAGAUUGAUCUCAUAAACCUGAUAGUGGCGUUGCUUGAUUACGAUUGGCUGUUUGACGUUGUCGCAUUGUCCUAAAUUCAAUGUAAACUUCUGCCUUUUGGGACGGAUUGAAUACUAUGUAAUUGUUUCUUAUCAGAAAAUCCCAUUUGCGUGUCAUGUAAAACAAUUGCAAAUGCUGUCUCAGUGCUCACUCAAUCACAUGCAAAUUAGAAAAUUAAAAGAAUAGGUUAUUGUAUUUAUUUUACAGGUUACAGAAAACAUGAUGUUCUUGAACGCUGUCAUUGGUCCUCCUCUUUGCAGUAUUAUGUCGGAGCAAACCGAGGUGCUGUAACUACUCAUAAUGGUUAUGACUUCGUGUCUCCGGUGACUUGUUGCAACUCCUGAGUUGAUGGUGCUUGAGAAGAAUUGCUGACUCACUUUAACGUCCAUGCUUUGCUAUAAAACACUAAUAGUUUUUAUGUCUUCAGCUCCAUCGCAUUAACACUUGAGGCCAAACUACCAAAAUGUGACAUGAACAGACAACUGGACAAACAGUACAAACAUUUUAUUCAUUUAUUUUUUUUCCGUUUUAACCUCUCAUUUCAGUGUCUGUAUGCAACUCAGUCUGUUCAGGCUGUAGACUGGAUGCAGCCUCAUUCAGGCUCUAAUGAAACCUGGAAGAUUUGUUUUUGCCAGCUCAGUUGUUGAUGUGUUUUUGUUUGU